UUUUUUUUUGUUUUUUGUCUGAAAUAAACUUUGAUCUCAAAAUGUCAGAUUCUCAAAAUAAUAUUACAUUUUCUUCUCAACCUUUUGAACCUGGGACUGCCAUGAAAAAAAGAAAGACAAAUCAUAAUAGCAUCAAAGAAGUUAAAAGAAAUGAUUCACAUCCCUCUAGUUUUGAGGAUGAAUUAAAAAUAUUAAAUGACGCUAUGGAAGUUGAUGUUAAAUAUGAGAAUACUGAAUCUAGUUGGAAUCGUGCUCCUGCUCCCUCUCUAGAUCCUACAUUAGAUAAACUUGUAUUCCAACAAAUAGAAAUUGAUGAAUAUAUGGAUUAUACUGUCCAACAACCUGUUAUUCGACUUUAUGGUAUUACUGCGGCCGGUAAUAGUGUUGUAUGUCAUGUCAGAAAUUUUUACCCCUAUUUUUAUUUCCCUGCCCCAAUUGGAUUUCAACAAAGCCAUCUUCCUGCCUUAAAACAGUCAUUAGCUGCUGCAGUAGGUAAUGCAAAUAUCGUUCAUGAUGUUCGUAUAAUGAUGAAACAAAGUAUAUAUGGAUACCAUGGAGAUGUUAAAUCGCCGUAUAUUCGAGUUACUGUAAAAGAUCCCAGAGAUAUAUCUAAAUGUAAAAAUAAGAUUGAACAAGGUAUUACUAUUGCUGGAUUAGAUCGUCCUUGUCAAUCAGAUACCACCUUUGAAAGUAAUCUAGGCUAUGUAUUACGUUUUAUGAUUGAUUGUAAAGUGUAUGGAUCUAAUUGGGUUGAAUUACCUGCUGGAGCUUGGUCGUUUGUUGAAGUGCCUACCUCAUUAGCUCAAAUCGAAGUAAAAAUAAGUUAUGAAGAUUUAAUUAGUCAUGCUCCUGAAGGAGAAUGGUCGGAUAUAGCUCCUCUUAGAGUGUUGAGUUUUGAUAUUGAAUGUGCUGGUAGAAAAGGUGUCUUUCCUGAGCCAAAUGUGGAUCCUGUUAUUCAAAUUGCCUCAGUAGUUCAAAUACAAGGCCACAAGAGGCCUUUUAUUAGAAAUGUAUUUACCCUUGGUUCAUGUGCUCAUAUUGUCGGUUCUCAUAUUCUCUCAUUUGAUGACGAAAAAGAGCUUUUGAAGAAAUGGGGUGAUUUUAUUCGACAAGUGGAUCCUGAUGUUGUUAUCGGCUAUAAUACAACAAACUUUGAUUUCCCAUAUUUAUUAGAUCGUGCAAAGCAUCUUGGUGUUCAUGAUUUUCCCUUUCUGGGAAGAAUCAAAGGAAUUCGAACUGAAGCAAAAGAUACCAAAUUUACGUCAAAGGCAUAUGGUACUCGUGAAAAUAAGGCGAUUAACUUGGAAGGACGACUUCAGUUGGAUAUACUUCAAGCAAUUCAACGUGACUACAAACUUCGAUCCUAUACACUCAACUCUGUCUCUGCUGAAUUCUUGAAUGAACAGAAAGAAGAUGUGCAUUAUUCUAUUAUUACGGAAUUACAAAAUGGAAAUGCAGAAACACGUCGACGUCUCGCUGUUUAUUGCCUUAAGGAUGCCUUUUUACCUUUAAGAUUAAUGGACAAACUUAUGUUACUUUUUAAUUAUACAGAAAUGGCUAGAGUUACUGGCAUUCCUUUCAAUUAUAUUUUAGUUCGUGGACAACAGAUUAAAGUUAUUUCACAAUUAUACCGUCGAGCCCUUGAACAGGAUCUAGUUAUUCCAGUGAUAAAGUCAGAGAUAUUAGAAGAGCCUUAUGAGGGUGCAACUGUAAUUGAUCCAGAGAGAGGAUAUUAUGAUGUUCCGAUUGCAACUCUUGAUUUUACAUCCUUGUAUCCUUCCAUUAUGCAGGCACAUAAUUUAUGUUAUACUACGCUAUUAAAGCCUGAUAUGGUUCAAAAGUUAGGUUUAGUGAAAGAUGUAGAUUAUGAAGUUACGCCUAAUAAUGAUAUGUUUGUCAAGGCUUCACGUCGUAAAGGGGUACUACCAGAAAUUCUUAGAGAUCUUUUAGCAGCACGUAAAAAGGCUAAAAAUGAUCUGAAGAAGGAGACAGAUCCAUUUAAACGAGCUGUCUUAGAUGGUCGUCAGUUGGCUUUGAAAAUCAGUGCUAACUCAGUAUAUGGUUUUACAGGUGCUACGAUAGGUAAAUUACCUUGUUUACAAAUCUCUUCUAGUGUUACUGCUUAUGGACGUAGUAUGAUUUUAAAGACAAAGGAAACGGUAGAGGAACACUUUACGGUUAAGAAUGGUUAUAAGCAUGAUGCUAAAGUCAUUUAUGGUGAUACUGAUUCCGUUAUGAUUAAAUUUGGCGUGGAUAAUUUAAAGGAAGCGAUGGAGUUGGGUAAAGAAGGUGCCAGAAUAGUAACAGAAAAGUUUAUUAGACCUAUCAAUCUUGACUUUGAAAAGGUUUAUUUCCCUUAUUUGUUGAUCAAUAAGAAAAGAUAUGCAGGUCUUUAUUGGACAAGAGAGGAUAAAUAUGAUAAAUUAGAUGCUAAAGGUAUCGAGACUGUUCGCCGCGAUAACUGUCGCUUAGUACAAAAUAUUAUCUCAAAAUGUCUUGAUAAGUUAUUAAUUGAACGAGAUGUAGAAGGUGCUCAAGUAUUUGUAAAACAAACCAUUGCAGACUUACUACAAAAUAAAGUAGAUCUUUCUCAAUUGGUUAUUACAAAAGCUUUAACAAAAUCAGAUUAUGCCAACAAACAAGCACAUGUAGAACUCGCAGAGCGUAUGAGAAAAAGAGACCCAGGAUCUGCACCAGCACUAGGUGAUCGUGUUGCUUAUGUCAUUAUUAAGGCUGGUAAUAAUACGCCUGCUUAUGAUCGUUCAGAAGAUCCAUUAUAUGUUUUAGACAAUAAUAUUCCUAUUGAUACAAAAUAUUACCUGGAAAAUCAGUUAUCCAAACCAUUAUUACGUAUAUUCGAACCUAUCUUGGGUGAUAAAGCAGAAACAUUAUUAUCUGGUGCCCAUACACGCGUUGUAAAUAUUUCUACACCUACAGUUGGUGGCUUAAUGAGAUUUGCUGUCAAGACAGCUACAUGCCUUGGAUGUAAAGCACCAUUACCUAAAGGAGAUAAAUCAGCGGCCUGUAAACAAUGUGCGGAUAGAUUACCUGAACUUUAUCAACAUCAGCUUGAUAUUGUGAAUAGGUUAGAGGUUAAAUUCUCUCGACUUUGGACGCAAUGUCAACGUUGUCAAGAAUCAUUACAUCAGGAUGUUAUUUGUUCAAAUAAUGAUUGUCCUAUUUUUUAUAUGCGUAAAAAGGUACAAAAGGAUAUGGAUGAAGCUGCUGAACGUUUAGACCGAUUUAAUUAUGAAUGGUAAACUUUUUAUUGGACUGUUUAUUUUGUAUGUCAUGUACAUAUUUAUAUUAUUUUUUUUUUUAUUGGUUUUAUUUUUUUUUUUUUUCUUU